CUAAAAUGGUAAUUUUGCAUGAGCCUAGGGUAGUGGGCUAGCUGGCAUAAUCUUGGUGGUUUGUGGGAUGCGUGCAGUAUCUCGCCCGUUCGUUCUACUGUCUUCCCUGAUGGCUGUCCUCACUCCUUUGCAUUUCGUUUUUUUUAUCUUUUGUUGGAGCCAGCUCCAGUGAUUUCUGCCGUUAUCCUCUCUAUUUCUAGGGCUUUCUGCUGCGUCAUUUUCCAAGUAACUAUUCUGCCUUCGUCUCCUUCUCUGUUUUGCGUUGUUGUUCUGCAUUUUCGGUUCGGUUCGUUGGGUCUCUUCGUUUGUGGUGUUGAUUCUGUGAUUAGCUUAGUUGUGUGGGCUCCCCAAUGGCAUUGGGUCCGUUUAUUUUGUUGCCGAGAUCCCAUUAUCUUUUUGUUGUUUCCUGUGUUGGUCACUUGUGCUGCUCAUAGUGUUAGCUCCUUGGCUUUAUUUGUUACUCGGAGUUGUUGUUUGGAGAUUUGGUUUUGUGUUGUCUCGCUCAUGCGUGGAUGCUCUUCAGUUUAGCUGUCUUUUUUGUGCAUUUAUUUUGCAGGAGAGGAUGGUAGUCCAUGCUCCGUUUCUCCGUUGGGAUAAGAUUCCCAACCCUUCUCCCUUGUCUUCUUCUACAGUAGCUUCAUAUUUUCUGCAAACAGCUGAAGGGGAACAGGUGAUUGCUGCUUUUGCGGUGCGUGGUAAUGACGAUCGUAUGGUUUACCAGCCAUCUCAUGAGUUUGUUGAAGACUACCAGGGUGUUUUCAAUUUGGGCUAUGUUAGUGAGUGGAAUUAUGGCUUCCAGUAAAAUGCAUGGUUGGAUGGUCUUGUGUACCAUUUGUUUGUGAGGUACAGUGAGGAAGAGAUUGCCCCGUGUUCUUCGUCAAUACUUCCCUACUAAUGGUUCAAGUACUUGGAUUCUCUUUGCUUUUUGAAAAGAAUUUUCAAAAAAUUCCCCCUAGAUUCUCUCUACUUCCAACAUUUCUCUCUCUAUCUCUCUCCGCUUAUUACCCCUAUUAUUUUUCAAAAAACUUUUCAAAACACAAACCAAACAUAGCAUUAGUCACUAGAGAUUAUCAACCAUGUGUUUCGCAAAAAUUGGGACGAGUUCCGCCAGGCACAUCAGCUUGAGGUUGACCAUAGGAUUGUUUUUUCGUGCGAACGUAAGUGGAUCUUUUAUGUGACUGUUUGAUAAAGAUGGCUGUGUACUUGUGUUUGAUUGGUGUGGGCCAAGUGGUCGCUGACAAGAUUUGCCCCCACCUUCAGGUAAUCUACAGACUGCUUGCUUUCCUUCGGUUAUUGUUGAUUCUCAUGCAGUAGUGAGAUUCAUUUACUACGAUGUCUAUGGGCCUGACUUCCGGAAUAUGUCCUCUUUGCCAUUCUUGAAGUUGGCACUCAAAAACCAGCAAAUCAAUCGCGUGUUACAGAUGUCUGUGUUAUAGAUCAAAGCUUGUAGUCGAUGAUCAUAUCUCUCUGGGAUCACUUCAGCGAUUAUGAAGCACUCGCAAUGACAACUUUACCAGGCACAUUUCCAGUUGCACUUGGACACAGGCUGAAAACUUCGACAUACUACGGUCUUUCCCUUGCCACCAAAAUUACCUUAUCGUUUAUCCUCAAUCCAUAAAUACCAGAAAAUGCAACACUCCAAUCCUGGUGCCUUGCCAAUGCCGCCAAGAUCAGAGAAUUACCACCAAUGGCAGCAAUGCAAGCUCUCAUGGUCGAAUGUGCUGCCCCUCCAUUAACUGAUACAAUCAACAUUAUCAACCUUCCUACCUCGGUCGAGAAGGUCCAACUCAUUAAUGUGAAAGGCAUAGCAAAACUCACCAAUUUCAAUCAAUGGUUCUAUUACCUUGCUUGCUCACUAUGCAACAGAGCAUCGAAUGCAUAUGAAGAUCAUGAGCUCUGGUGCAGUUACUGUUCCCAACGAGUUCCACCACUAGCAAGGGUUAAGUUCAACAUUGAGGUCAGCGAUCCAACAGCAUCGAUCGAGGCAACAAUCUUCCCAAAAAUUGCCGAGCAAUUAUACGGUAUUACGGGAGCCAACAUAGACACAACUGAACCUAAUGCACCACUCUUGCCCGAGCUCCUUGACCAGCUUGCUGAACCCAAGAGAUGCAACAUCACACUCAAAGCUUACAUGAACACCUAUGCUGGAAUUUCGCAGUGCAAGUUCAAUGUCUAUUCAAUGUCUGCCAUACCACUGCCAACACCGGAUGACCAACAGAAUCUUCAACAACCACUGGCCCUACCUCCUCCAAUACCAAUCAAAAACGAAAAAAGCGUCACGGCAUCAGCAUCUUCGAAAUUCCAGGCAAAAAACGCAAGCUGAACUGAAGCCAUAAAGCCUACUCCCACCUCUUCUAUCAAUGGCUGCUCCCUUUUGAAGUACUUUCACGUUGCUAUGAAUGCCUACUCCCUGCUCUACUAAUCUUAUGCUCCUUGACCAUCUCAAAAUCAACUAAUGCUUUUGAUGCAGUGUGUUAUCUAUAUCUACAUCAGCUGGUCCUUUUGAUACUUUAAUCAACCUAUGUAAUAUAUCCACGUCUGUGCACUGUAUUAUGCAUAUCUAGAUGAACUGAUACUUUUGAUCCUUUGAUCAAUUUAUGUGAUUCUAGCAACCUAUAUCCAUGCUACA